AUGAAGCUCAACCUUGCGUCCGUGGGCGUGGCUGCCGUCCUCGCAUUCUCUGCUCGCGAGGCAGCGGCCAUCCGCCAGGCCACAUCGCAACACCCGGUCGCGGAUCCACCACAAGAAGAGAAGAUACAGACUUGCUCCGGUAAACCGCUGAAGCUGUCAAUCUCGGAGACCAACGGAUCAGCUGCUUUCAUAUGCCCCAGCGCAUUGUCGCUGCUCGACCCCACAUACACGCAAGACACCAAGGACCAGCUGGUUCACUUCGGCAACGAGACGAAAAAGCUUACCGAGGUUCUGCCGAAGGCUAAGCUGGAGAAAGCGGCAGUUUCCGCUUCAAGCCCAAGUCAGCCUGCCUCUCGUACGCCCAGUGGUGGGGGAGACCAGCAGACUCUUGGAGAUGUAUACAAGCUGACCGUGUCGGAGUUGCCCGCGCAGGAGACAGCAGUACGAUUCAAAUGUACGGCAGCUGGCAAGAAAGCAGAAGAGGAGCACGCGCAGCAAAAGAGCGCUUCGAGCCAAGAGGUUACCAGCCCUACUCAGACGGAGUGCGAAGUCACCGUCACCGUGGCGUCAUCAGCAGGCGCGUCCGCAGCGUUCCGCCCGGCUCAUUUGGCGACUGUGGUUGCGAGCAUUGCCGCCAUGAGCGGGUAUCGUCACUUCUGUGCGUGA